CUCUUCUCGUUCGAAUUUUAUGUUUUCCGGAAGUUUUUAAAGAAAACAGGUCCACAUGUGCCAACUGCCAUGAUCAGGACCGCAGGCACAUAUUCUCGUUAAAUACGGUGGCUUUUGUCGGAAAUUAGUCAUGGGAAGGAAAUCAAAGACAGGAAAGUCAAGAAAGGAUAAAUUCUAUCAUCUUGCCAAAGAGACAGGUUACAGAGCAAGAUCAGCAUUUAAAUUGAUCCAGUUGAACAGAAAGUUUGAGUUUCUACAGAGGGCACGCGUGGUGAUAGAUCUUUGUGCUGCUCCAGGAGGAUGGCUGCAGGUGGUCGCAGAGAAUACUCCAGUAUCCAGUAUUAUUCUGGGUGUGGACUUGGUUCCAAUUCGUCCAAUUUCAAAAGUGAAAACAUUGGUGGAUGACAUCACCACGGACAAAUGCAGACAGGACUUGAAAAAAGAGCUGCACACAUGGAAAGCAGAUGCUGUACUGAAUGAUGGAGCUCCCAACGUCGGCAAAAACUGGUUACAUGAUGCAUUUCAGCAAGCACAACUAGCUUUACAAGCUUUGAAGCUCGCAGUUGAAUUUCUGAAGAAAGGAGGAUGGUUUGUGACAAAAGUGUUUCGUUCCAAAGACUACUAUUCCUUACUGUGGGUGUUCCAGCAGUUGUUCAAACACGUCCAUGCCACAAAACCGCAAGCUUCUCGUAAUGAAUCCGCAGAAAUAUUUGUUGUCUGUGAGAAAUUUUUGGCUCCAGAUAAAAUCGACCCCAAAUUUCUGGAUCCAAAGUAUGUAUUUAAGGAUGUAGAGGAUGAACCCAAACCAGGCAUUAACCUCAUUCAUCCGGAGAAAAAACGAAGACAGAGAGAGGGCUACCCUACUGGGGACUACACCCUGUUCCACAGCCUGAAGGCGUCAGAAUUUGUCCAAAGCGAUAACUACCUUGAUCUACUGGCACAAAGCAAUGAGAUAGUUGUUGAUCUUCCUGAAAUAGCCAACCAUAAAGAGACCACAACAGAACUGAAGGAAUGUCUGAAAGAUAUUAAAGUACUGGGCAAAAGAGAAAUCCGAAAUAUCAUCAGUUGGAGAAAGAAAAUAAUGAAGGACAUUGUUUGUGAGGAACAGGCCCCAGUAGCAGACAAACAGAGUGUAGAAGAAGACAGCGAGGAUGAAGAGGCACAACUUGAUGAGAAACUGGCAGAGCUCAAAGAGGAGGAACGUAAGGCCCUCAAAAGGAAAUUGAAGAAAGUAAGACGAGAGAAGACCAAACUGCGGCAUAAAAUGGAUAUGAAGAUGGUCAUUCCAGGCGACAGACACGACUUCUCUGACGAUGUGUCCCUCUUCAACUUAAACAAAAUCAAAAGCAAAUCCCAACUGGACAGUGUGGAGAAAGGAGACUCGCAGGAGGCAGAUGAAAUGGCAAUGGAAGAGGAUGAAGAGGUAGAUAAGGUCAUUAGGAGAAUGAGGUCAUAUGACAGAGAUAGCAAAGAUCACUUAGAUGACCUUGACCCAUAUUCGGAUGAGGAAGGCGAGGAGGAGCCAGAGUUCCUUUAUGACCCAGCAAACGAUGACUUAGAAUUUGAAGAGGAGGAGGAGGAGGAAAAUCCCCUAGUUGUCAGUCUACAGGACAAACACACCAUGAUGAAGAACCGAUCCAAGGCGUGGUUCAGUAAGGCAUCAUUUGCAGACAUUGAAGGUGAUGAAGAUGAAGACAUGGAACUUCAAUCAAUGGCAGCCAGCUACAAGAAGAAGGGAGGAAAAAUCUUGGAUGACCUUGACAGUGGAUUGUCGGAAGACAGUUAUGAAUCUGACCUUGAAAUGAGUGACAGAAAAUUAAGUCGAGGUGAUUCAAGUGGCAUUGAGGGUGGUUUAAAAGAUGAUGGUGAUGAUGAUGAAGAUGAUGACGACGACGAUGAUGAUGAUAGUGAUGAUGAUGAUGAUGAUAGUGAUAGUGACUAUGACAUAAAUGAAAUGAGAAGUAAAAAGAAUACUAGUCAAAUAGACAAAUCAUCAAAGAAAGCAGGGUUUGAAGUUGUUCCAAAAGAUGAGAAUCUGCCCAAACUAGAUGCUAUAGGGAUGGCUAUUGGUUCUCAAAUAGUUGAGUCCAGGAAACGGAAGAGAGAGAUAGUGGAAGGUGGCUACCACAGAUACAUGUUUAAUGAUGAUAAUCUUCCCGACUGGUUCGUUAAAGAUGAAUCAAAACACUUGCGAGUUCAACUCCCAGUCACCAAGGGAGAAAUUGAAGAAUAUAAAAUGAAAAUGAAGGCUCUCAAUGCACGGCCCAUUAAGAAGAUCGCAGAGGCAAAGGCCAGAAAGAAACGAAAGGAUAUAAAAAAAUUGGAACGAGUACGAAAAAAAGCUGAGGCAAUUUCUGAUACAGCCGAUGUUGCAGACCGAGAUAAAUGGAUGCAGAUCAAACAGAUUUACAAGAAGGCAGGCUUAUUGUCCCAAAAGAAGAAAGAGAUCACUUAUGUGGUGGCAAAGAAGGGGACUGGGAAGAGGGUGAGACGUCCUCACGGAGUGCAGGGACUCUUCAAGGUAGUGGAUCCUCGUAUGAAGAAGGACCAUGCUAAAGACAAAAAAUCCACUCACGUCAGAGGAAAAGGAAAAGGAAAGAAAGGGAAAACUAAAGGAGGCAAAAGAAUGGGCAAAAAUAAAAGAUAGUUUUCUGUUGUACUUGUUAAACAAAUUGAAUUUUCCACACAAUAUUUAAUGGAUACAUGAACUGGAAGGCUUAUUUUUUUUAUUGCUCUACAUCCCAUUCAAAGUAUUUUCACUCGUAUCGAGAUCAACUGUAUACGUGAAAUAAUGCCUUAGAAAUUUUGUCCGCUGAAUUGCACACACGGACACAAGAUCAUAACAGAGAGGGAUCUGUAUUAAAGUGCCAACACCAUCCGUGUUGGGUUUAUAUAGGAAAGACUUUCGUUUUUAAUGCUGGGCACUUGGCAAUGAAACCCCAAUACGUGUACAUGUGUUAAAUGUCUUUAAGUACUGGUCACUGGAAUUGAUUGCGAGGCAAGCACCUUAAAAAGGUACACAUGUAUGUGCUCCAGUUAGAUGUUAAUAAAAUUAUCAGUACUACA